GGGGAAGGCGCCAACUCGGGCUCCGUCCUCUCCGCCGGGCUACGGGCGGUUGCGACCGUGGGCUGACGGCGGCGGGAGCGGCCCCGCGGCCCCCCUCACGCCCCUGCGAAGACGGGGCGGGGGGUGAAGGAGGCGGAGGGAGCUGCAACGCCAGGAGCGGGAGGAGGAAGCGGCGGCGGAGAACGACCGACGAGAAGGGAGCUUGGCAGAGGCGGAGCCGGCGCUCGAGCCCGGCCGGCCUGGACCGCACGCAAGCACGGCCACUGCUGCCACCGCCAUCAGCAGGAGCAGCGCGCAGAGAUGGGUCUUGAAGUUAAAUGAGACUGGAUAAGGCGCAUCAAUGAAGUAGUUUCUGUACUAUAUAGGGUCAGAACUCCAAAAGUGUCGAGCAACCAGACUUGCUCUACUUUCAUGAUGAAGAAAAUUAGUCUGAAGACCAUUCGUAAGUCUUUUAAUUUAAAUAAAAGCAAAGAUGAUAAUGACUUUGUUGUGGUUACACAGCCAUCACUAAGCGAUUUUGGAAAAGAUGACUCUUUGUUUGGUAGCUGCUAUGGUAAAGAUUUGGCUAGCUGUGAUGUCAACAGUGAAGAUGAAAAAGGUGGCAAAAACCGUUCAAAGAGUGAAAGUUUAAUGGGUACUUUAAAACGAAGACUUUCGGCAAAACAAAAGCAGAAGGGCAAAGGCAGCACACCUUCUGUUAGCUCUGCUGAUGAUGACACAUUUUCUUCCUCUUCUGCUCCAAUAAACUUCAAAGAUGUGAGAGCUCAAAGACCUCUUCGAUCCACAUCCCUCCGUAAUCACCAUUAUAGCCCAACUCCAUGGCCCCUUCGCCCAACAAACUCAGAAGAGACAUGUAUAAAAAUGGAAGUGAAAGUAAAGGCCUUGGUUCAUUCCUCAAAUCCAAGCCCUGCACUGAAUGGUGUUCGCAAAGAUUUCCAUGACUUACAGUCAGACAGUGUGUUCCAGGAACAAAACAAUGCAUUGAAAAGUACAGAAUCUCAAAAUGGAGACUUGCAUCUUCAUAUUGAUGAACAUGUGCCUGUAGUUAUUGGACUUAUGCCUCAGGACUACAUCCAGUAUACUGUGCCUUUAGAUGAGGGAAUGUAUCCUUUGGAAGGAUCACGAAGUUACUGUUUGGAUAGUUCUUCACCCAUGGAGGUUUCAACAGUCUCUUCUCAAAUGGGUGGGAGUGCAUUUCAUGAAGAAGAAGGGACAGUGGGUCAAGAUGUUGUAGUUGCUCCAGAUAUCUUUGUGGACCAGGCAGUGAGUGGCUUGUUGAUUGGUACCACAGGAGUCAUGCUGCAAAGUCCAAGAGUUAAUCACAGUGAUGUUCCUCCACUCUCUCCAUUGCUACCUCCAAUACAGAAUAAUCAAAUCCAAAGGAACUAUAAUGGCCUAAGUGGCACAGAUGUCCAUGUGGCUGAAAGUAUGCGCUGUCAUUUGAAUUUUGAUCCCAACACUGCACCUGGAGUUGGAAGAGUUUAUGAUUCUGUACAAAACAGUGGGCCUAUGGUUGUGACUAGCCUCACAGAAGAACUGAAAAAACUUGCCAAACAAGGAUGGUACUGGGGCCCUAUUACACGAUGGGAAGCAGAAGGCAAACUGGCCAAUGUUCCUGAUGGUUCAUUUCUUGUUCGAGACAGCUCUGAUGACCGUUAUCUUUUAAGUUUGAGCUUUCGCUCCCAUGGUAAAACUCUUCAUACUAGAAUUGAGCAUUCAAAUGGUAGAUUUAGCUUUUAUGAACAACCAGAUGUGGAGGGACAUACUUCUAUAGUUGAUCUAAUUGAACAUUCGAUCAGGGACUCUGAAAAUGGAGCCUUUUGCUAUUCAAGGUCUCGAUUGCCUGGAUCUACAACAUACCCAGUCAGACUGACCAAUCCAGUAUCUCGGUUUAUGCAGGUACGCUCUUUGCAGUACUUGUGUCGUUUUGUUAUACGUCAGUAUACCAGAAUAGAUCUGAUUCAAAAACUACCAUUGCCAAACAAAAUGAAGGAUUAUUUACAAGAAAAGCACUACUGAAGGCUAUGGGAACCUUGCAUCUUGCACUUUGGGAACAAAAAUAUUAAAGGAGAGAUACUGAAAUAUCGUUUACAAACUUUGCUAUCUUUUGCUGCCAUAAUUUCAUUUUUUGUGCAUAAAGAAGGGUAAUGCAUUUUUAUUUGUUUAAUGGGUGAUCUGUUUUUUAAUUAUGAUCUCAAGGUUUUUUUUAAAAGAGUGAAAUAAAUAAUCUUUCACUCAAUUUGCAAAUAAUCACAAUGUGAAUUAUAAAAAGUUUAUUAAAAAAACCCAUCUCCUUUGCUGCUAAUCCACUGUGAUUUUUAUGCAUUCAAGGCACAUUUCAUGUGUUUUCAACCACAAGUUAAAGUUGAAACUUGAUGAAAUAUGUUUUGUCAAC